AUGGCGUCGAUAUCCGAGGAAGAGAGUCCCAACUACGCCGUCUUCCGCGACUGUUUCUCGACGACGCUGUUGCGGGCGCAGGCCGCCGGUCAGGGCUCUGGCGCCGGUUCAAGGAAGCAGCGGAGGCGAGCGAGGCCGGCGCGGGCUCGCAAGGCAGCACCGGCGGGGAGGGAUGAUGUCCAGGCGGCCCGGGUCCGCUCCCCGGACCCGCCGUCUCGCCCGGACGCCGACCCGGACGCCGACCCGCAACAAGAGGCCGCCGAGGAGCUGGCCGAAUUCAUCGACUACUUGACGAGCAGCAUCUUCGACAGCCUCCCGGAGGACCUGAGGGAAGCAGACCACCGGUCCUGGCGCGAGUCGGAGGCGCUGCAGGCGCAGUUCGCGCUGCCGCUGACGGCGGAGAGCGUGGCGGCCGUGCUGGACCUGGCGCCGCCCAUCCCCGAGACACUCGUCACGUACGGCCUCGUAGCGGCGGACGCAACGGCCGACUCGCCGCUGCCCUCGUCGGCGGAGGCGUUCCUGGCGCCCGUGCUGACGGCGUACCUCGGGGCGGUGACGACGGCGCCGCCAGCGACGCAGGCGACGCGGACGGAGGCGUGCGAGCUCUGCGGACGGACCUGGAUCCCGCUGUCGUAUCAUCACCUGAUCCCGCGCUUCGUGCACGAAAAGGCCAUCAAGCGCGGCUGGCACCGCAGGGAGGACCUGCAGAACGUGGCCUGGCUGUGCGGCGCGUGCCACCGCUUCGUGCACCACUUCCGCGGCCACGAGGACCUGGCGCGAGACUACUACACGGUCGAGCGGCUGCUGGCGGAGGACGAGGUGCGGCGCUUUGCCGCUUGGGCGGGCAGGCUGCGCUGGAAGGGCGGAAAGGUCCGCAGUGGCAGGUGA